AUGAUGUCCAUCUCACGCCUUAUCAUUUAUAUCCUCCUUAUCGCCGCCGCUGCAACCACCGUCUCCGCCACCGAUCAUAUUGUAGGCGCCAACCGUGGUUGGAAUCCUGGCAUCAACUACACUCUCUGGGCCAACAAUCAUACUUUCUAUGUUGGAGACUUCAUCUCAUUUAGGUACCAGAAGACGCAGUACAAUGUGAUUGAGGUGAACAAAACCGGUUACGACAACUGCACUCUCGACGGCGCCGUAGGGAACUGGAGCAGUGGAAAGGAUUUCAUUCUUCUCAACGAAUCGCAGCGCUACUACUUCAUCUGCGGCACCGGCGGUUGUUUUAACGGUAUGAAAGUCACGAUUCGUGUACUUCCGCUUCCUUCUCCUCCCUCUUCCACGGUGGCUGCUUCCAAUCACUCCUCCGCUUCCACCGCUGCCUGUAGAUCCAUCUUCGGCGUAUUAUUUAUGGUUCUCGCCUCAUUGUUUUAGUGUGGAUUUGGCGCGAUGCAUUAUACUUCUAAAUUGUUUGAAAGAUGUGUUGAAAAUUCUACAAUCAGGUGUGUAAUGUUUACUCCGAUUCUUCGUGUUUUGGCGUUUUAGUUUGAGAUAACAUCGAUUCAUUUUUAUAUAUAUAUAUAUUUUUAUGCAUGAUUUCGUAUGAAGAUUGGUGUUGAACUAUUUGGAUUUUGAGAUUCCAAAUCAUAUAUAAUUUAUUUUAAAUGUUCAAAAAUAUUAAAAAUAUUUAUUUACC